CAAAUACACACACAAAAAAACAAUCCGAUCAGCUUUAGAAUCCAAAUCUUCUCAAUGGGGAGCCAAAUGAAGAAGCAAUGGCUUCAAUUUGCUUGUGCUUUCGCAUUUUUCUUGAUUGCAACAUGCACUACGGCAUAUUCACCUUAUUCUGAUAAACCUCCAGUUCCAACAUACAGUAAAGUACCAACCACAGUAGCCAAAAGUGAUGAUUACAAGGUACCUUCAGUGCCUAAACAGGACUAUGAGGCACCAUCUUUGUCAAAGAAUGAUUACUACAAGAAGCCAUCAGUUCCAGAAGAUAACUACAAAAAAGUGCCAUCAGUGCCUAAACAGGAUUACAAGGCGGCAUCUUUGCCAAAGAAUGAUUAUUACAAGAAACCAUCAGUUCCAAAAAAUAAUUACAAGAAGGUACCCUCAUUGCCUAAAAUGGACUACAAGGUGCCCUCAGUGCCUCAAUCGGAAUACAAGGCGCCAUCUUUGCCAAAGAGUGAUUACUAUAAAAAGCCAUCAGUUCCAGAAGAUAACUACAAGAAGGUACCAUCUGUUCCAAAAAGUAGCAACUACAAGGUUCCCUCAAUGCCUAAACAUGAAUACAAGUUGCCCUUAGUGCCUAAACAGGAAUACAAGGCACCAUCUUUACCAAAAAAUGAUUACUACAAAAAGCCAUCGGUUCCAGAAAAUAACUACAAGAAGGUACCAUCUGUUCCAAAAAGCAGUGAUUACAAGGUGCCCUCAAUACCUAAACAGGAAUACAAGGCUCCCUCAAUGCCUAAACCGGAAUAUAAGGUGCCAUCUUUGCCGAAAAACGACUAUCACAAGAAGCCAUCAGUUCCAGAAGAUAACUACAAGAAAGUGCCAUCAGUUCCAAAAGCUAACAACUACAAGGUACCCUCAGUACCUAAACUGGAAUACAAAGUUCCUUCUUUACCAAAGAAUAACUACAACAAGAAACCAUCGCCUUCUCCUCCACCACCUUACUACUACAAUUUACCCCCUCCUCCUUCUCCAUCACCACCUCCUCCAUAUUAUUAA